AUGGGAGAAAAUACAGAGGGCCCGGAAACACCAUUGGAACCGAUCAAGGAGCAACCAUGGGAUAGUUCUUCAAACUCAUCCUCGCUCAAUGUGAACGCAAUUGAUUCGCAUCAAUUAUCCAAGAAAAAGCAAGAGACCAAUCCAUCAUUCGAGCCGCCUAGUCGACGAAUCAACCCUAAAGAGGAGACCCAACAACCGAAUUCCCAGCAUGACUAUCCAUCAUCGCAUCAAGAUCAACCUCACACACCACUCCAUACAAGAGCUGCAGUAACAAGACAGCCGACAGAAUCAAGCAGCCUCUACUAUCCCCAACCAAACCGUCUCCCCUCUUUCAGAAACCGCACCCCAAGCCAACAACAACAAGUAAACCAAUGGCCGACACACUCUCUGGCUGGAUCAAAUACGAGAGAAAAGCAGCAGCAGGGGGAUGUCUAUAUCGACGAUGAAUACCGACGACUUAACCCAAGAUACGGCGGCGGCAACGAAAAUCCAAUAUGGGGCUUAGCAAAGCCUCUUCCGCGGGUAGUUAGACCUGGCAUGCGUCGCAAUGAAAGCCAAGGACGAACAGCAUGCGAAACUGAAGCCCCAGGCCAAACCCAAGCCGCUCCAGAGAUUGGCGCAACGCCUGGACUAUCCCCUCUGCAGUCGAAUGCCUCUCAGUCUCAGUCUCAGUCUCAGUCUUAUGGACCUGGACAUCCUAGUUAUGCGUCUGCAGCCCAGCAGGGAAUAGGUAGGCAUCAUGUUGUAUAUGCGCCACAGUCUGAUGGGAUACUCCGUCCUAUGGAAUCAGAAGUCAGUGAGCACGACUGGCAGAACGAGGGUACUGAAAAUGGAGAGAUAAAAAGGCCUCCUGAAGAUGAAUUUCUGAAUUCUUGGGUCCGGGUUCGACAUCAUACGAAAGAACCACUUGCAGAAUGGCUUGCUACUACCGUGACAAUACUUAUAGGGCUAAGUGGUACACUGGCAGUGUCAACCGGCGGAACAAAAGCAGGAGGACGCUUAUCAGACAAUUGGUCCUGGGGCGUCGGAUCUAUGAUAGGCAUUUACCUAGCAGGUGGGAUCUCCGGUGCACAUCUGAACCCGGGUAUAUCAAUCGCACUUUGGAUAUUCCGUGGGUUUCCCGGCCGGCGCUGUUGCUACUACAUCAUCGCGCAAGUUCUCGGUGCAGUGACAGCAGCAGGUCUAGCGUAUUGCUUAUACAGAGAUGCUAUCGUCAAUCUAGCACCCAAUGUGUCGGCCGGAGCAACAGGUCUGGGAUUCUACACAGAGCCGCUAAGUCACGUCAACUCCGCGACAGCCUUUUUCACCGAGUUCGUCGCCGAUGCCAUUUUGGUCUGUGUCAUUUUUGCAAUGGGCGAUGAUAGUAAUGCUCCACCCGGUGCUGGAAUGAGUGCCUUUGUGAUUGGUCUCGUUGUCUAUGUUUUGUGUAUUUGCUUGGGAUUCAAUACUGGAGGAUGCUUUAAUCCAGUUCGCGACUUUGGCCCGAGGCUUGUGGCUCUCAUGGCUGGAUAUGGCGGUAUCACCUUCACUGAUCAUAAUGGAUGGUGGUUUUGGGGCUGUUGGCUCGCUACUAUCUUUGGUUGUCUUGCUGGAGCUUCGCUUUAUGAUAUCUUCAUUUUCAUUGGCGGUGAAUCUCCUAUCAAUUAUGCACCAAGACGACGCAGGAGAGCGAAGCUUAAGAAGCAAAGUAAGUGGAGGAAGAGACUUGGUAUUGGCAAGGAAAAGCUUCCUGUAUUAGAAGAAGGCAUUAAAGAUCUAGAAGACUAG